CCGAGACCGAGAGCUCGAAAAAUUUCCCGACUCGGAAACGAGACCGAGAGUCUCGAACAUCAAUAUUAAUUAGAAUAAUGCCCCUCCAUCUGAAUAUCCCCUCUAAUACAAUGCUUUUUUGGAAAGCGAUUGAAAAAUAGAAUGUCCGGGCAUUCAAUCAGAGUGCCUUUUAAAAAUUAAUUUUUAGAAGAGAACGGAGCCUAAAAUUUUUUAAAAUCAUUAGCAAUAUUAAAUAAUCUCAGUUUAAAAAAUAUUUACAGCUAUUUAAAUGCAACAGCAAUCGUAUUCCAUGCAAAUUCCCUAUCCAAUGGAUUUCCAUCUAAACGAAAUUUCUAAUCAAAUUUAUGCAUUAUUCAAUCUAGAAUCACCCUAUAAUUUCAAUUCCGAUGCCUAUCCAUCAAAAGAUUUUUUUAAUUUGACAAUUUCAUAUUUGGCACAAGACAAAAAUAAUUUGCAUGCCCCUUACGGUGCCUUACACAAAAUUGAUAAAAAAUUAAAAACGGAGGAUAUAUGGACAGAAACAGAGAAAGUUAGAAAGAAAACAAAAUUGGCUAUAGCCAUAAUAUCCAAUUGUAAUGCUAUAUCGGCUAGGGAUUUGUACAUUCAAGAAUUGUCAAAAUAUAUAAAUUUAACUUUAUAUGGAAAUUGCUAUAAUAAAUCCUGUGAUAAAAAUUGUUAUGAAAAUGAGUUAGAUUCACACUUCUUUUAUUUGGCAUUUGAAAAUUCUGUAUGCAGGCAUUAUGUAACAGAAAAAUUUUGGUAUCCUUUUCGUAAAUUAGCUGUCCCUGUUGUUCUAAGCCGAGCUGCUUUGCAAGGAUUAAAUAUACUCGGUGAUUCAUUUAUUGGAGCUGACGAUUUUGCCAAUGCUCAGGAAUUGGCCAAAUAUUUGAUUGAAAUGAGUGGAAAUGAGAAAGAAUAUUUGAGAUUCUUCAAUUGGACUCGUUAUUAUCGAAAAGAAAGCGUAAUUGAACCAUCUGAACGUGCAAUAUGUAAACUAUGCGAACUCGCCCAUUCUAAAAUAAAACCUGGUGAAUUAACAAUCCCAGAUAUUCACAAUUAUUGGGUCAAAGGAGGGCAAUGUAUUAAACGUUUUGCUUGGUGGAAAUUAAUUGCAAAUCGUUCAAAAAUUAAAGAAGCAGAAUUAAACAAUAAAAACCUCCAAAUAAGUUUAUUAUUGGAAGAAGACUUGAAUCAAUUUGAAAAUUUCUACCUCUCACCUCUCAAUAUUUUUUGCAUAUUAACACAAAUUUUUUGCCUAAUUUGUUUUGCUAGGCAUAUGUUUAGAUAUAGAUCAUAA